AAUGUUUUCGUCAUCGACGCUAUAUUCUCUGACAGUUGUUAUUCUUCGGAAAAGUUCGGUCUAGCGUUCGACGUAAUUCGUACUUUACGCGGGAGAAAGCACAACCGUUUCAAACGGACCGGCUUCAGGCUUCACAUUCACCCGUGCUCAAUUUUUCCCAUUUACUCGUAUAGUCCUAUCUCUCUCUGUCACAUCGCAGGUGAGUUAAUUUUCAUUGUUCGUAUACGUAGAACCCGUCAUCGUGAUGUUUCCGCAAAUCGUCGCCUGAUACGUGAUUAUUUCGUACACUUUUUUUCUGCAACGCUUUAAGCGAUAUAUUUUUCACACGCGGUAAUGUUAUUAUCGAAUUAUGGCGGAAAAUAAAAUCGAACGCAAAAAAGUAUUUUCAAAAAAAUCUAAAAGUGAAGACGUGAGACCGGUCACCGAAAAUGGAACAUCAUCCGCGAGACGAACAACUAUUUCAUCGAAUUCGAGUGUUAAAUCAACAAAAUCCCAACUAUCUCACAUGUAUGGAUCUUUGACAGAGAGCGAUCUAACUUAUAAGCUAGUAAUACUCGGGGAUUCUGGAGUAGGAAAGACGUGUUUACUACUGAAAUUCCGAGAUAACACCUUUUUAUCUGGUAACUUCAUAUCAACCGUUGGUAUAGACUAUAGGAACAAAGUAGUCGAUAUAGAUGGAACAAAAGUGAAAUUACAAAUUUGGGAUACCGCAGGGCAAGAAAGAUUUCGAAGCGUGACGCACGCUUACUACAGAGACGCGCACGCUUUAUUAUUGCUGUACGAUGUCACCAACAAAACCAGUUUCGAUAAUAUUCGAGCAUGGCUAGGAGAAAUAAAGGAGUACGCUCAAGAUGACGUUGUUAUCAUGUUAUUAGGAAAUAAGACGGAUUGUAAAACAUCAUCAAGAGUUAUUCGUAGAGAAGAUGGAGAGAAAUUAGCAAAAGAAUACAAUGUCGCAUUUAUGGAAACUUCCGCUAAAACAGGGCUAAAUGUUGAUCUGGCUUUUACCGCAAUAGCAAGAGAAUUGUUAUCGAAAAAUUGCAAAGAAUCGAAUAAUUCCGGAUUCAAAGUACAAGAUUACAUUAGAGAACAAACACAGAAAAACACCUGCGUGCCCUGUGGUACCUAAGAUUUUCCCGGACAGCAUAACUACAUGAAUCAUAUCCAAUUCAAUUAUUCUAUUUCUGUUUUUGUAAAUAAUUUCGCCCAAGUUCAGAUGUGAAAAUAAGAAAUCUAUUCCGCAGUUACCAAAAUUUCAACUUCCAGUUCAAAUUCUUCAUGUACUUAAGUAUUAUCAUUAUUACCUAUCUAUUACAUAUUUUGUUCUAGUUGUUUUAUACGAAAAUAUCAACUCGAUUAAUUAUAAGCUUGUUAUAAAUGUUGCGCACAAAUUGAAAAAUUACGUUUUUAAAAUUCAA